AUGUCUUACGAGGACGUCAUCCCAGAGCCUUUUACUGAUGCUCUUCCGCGCAUCAACCCUGAAUAUGAAGAAAUUGAGGAAAUCAUCAAGAUUUGCGAGAAGACUUCUGCCGACGCAGCAACCUCCAAGGUGAAAGAGAGGCUUGAUUUGCUUGAAAAUGUCAUCCUGAACAUUGCCAUAACGGGCAAUACAGGCGCUGGGAAAUCCUCUUACGUCAAUGCUGUACGAGGGGUGCCUGAUGAUGAUGAGGGUUCGGCACCGACUGGGGUGACGGAGACGACCAUGGAACCGCUUAUGUACCCCCAUCCCACCAUGCCCAAUGUGCGUAUCUGGGACCUGCCAGGUAUCGGAAGCCCAAAGUUUAAGGCGAAGCAGUACCUCAAGGACGUCAAAUUCAAAACCUUUGACUUCUUCAUCAUUAUCACCUCUGAGAGAUUUAAGGAGAAUGAUAUCAUGCUGGCUAAAGAGAUUAUGAGGAAGAAGAAGCUGUUCUAUUUUGUGCGCUCGAAGAUUGACAAUGAUAUCCGCGCCGAGAUGAAGAAAAAGAACUUCAGCCAAGAGGAGAUUCUCAGCCAAAUCAGGGAGGACUGCACAAAGAAUCUGAAGAAAGUGGGAGCCCCUAAAGUGUUCCUAGUAUCCUCCUGCGACCUCGGCAAUUACGAUUUCCAACUCCUGAUUGACACUCUUGAGAAAGAGCUCCCAAUGCACAAGAGACUGGCACUGCUUCAGUCCCUUCCUGUUUGUUCAGUGGCCAUGAUUGACAAGAAGACCAAGGCCCUGCAGAGGCUAAUCUGGCUCAUAGCAUUUAGCUCCAGCGCCAUUGCCAUGGCCCCAGUACCGGGCCUGUCAUUCGCAUGUGAUCUUGGGAUAAUGAUAGCCUUCUUCCAAAGAUGCUUCGAAGCCUUUGGCUUGGAUGACAGGUCACUCAAAAUCCUUUCAGGAAGAGUGGACAAGUCCACUGAAGAGCUCAAGCAGCCAAUGAAAUCACGCUUCAAAGAUGGAGUUGACAGGAAACUUGUGAUGAAGUUCUUCUCCUCUACCGAAAUGGGAGCGGCGAUAAGUGUUGCGUACAUUCUCAGCACCAUUCCCAUAGCCGGGACUCUGGCUGCAGGAGGAGUCUCCUUUGGCACAAUCUUUCAUCUACUCAACAAGGGCCUUAAUGAAAUGGCAGAGGAUGCUAAAUCAGUGCUGUUAGGUGCAGGCCUUGAAGCAUCAGAGCAAGAGAAGGAGGACCGAGAUAAAGACACCAAGGAGCAGGAACCGGAGCAGAAGCAGGGAGCAGGAGCAGGAGCCAGAGCCAGAGCCAUGUCUUACGAGUACGUCAUCCCAGAGCCUUUUACUGAUGCUCUUCCGAUCAUCAACACUGAAGAUGAAGAAGUUGAGGAAAUCAUCAAGAGUUACGAGAAAUCUUCUGCCGACGCAGCAACCUCCAAGGUGAAAGAGAAGCUUGAUUUGCUUGAAAAUGUCAUCCUGAACAUUGCCAUAACGGGCAAUACGGGCGCUGGGAAAUCCUCUUACGUCAAUGCUGUCCGAGGGGUGCCUGAUGAUGAUGAGGGUUCAGCACCGACUGGGGUGACGGAGACGACCAUGGAACCCCUUAUGUACCCCCACCCCACCAUGGCCAAUGUACGGAUCUGGGACCUGCCAGGAAUCGGAAGCCCAAAGUUUAAGGCGAAGCAGUACCUCAAGGACGUCAAAUUCAAAACCUUCGACUUCUUCAUCAUAAUCACCUCUGAGAGAUUUAAGGAGAAUGAUAUCAUGCUGGCUAAAGAGAUUAUGAGGAAGAAGAAGCUGUUCUAUUUUGUGCGCUCGAAGAUUGACAAUGAUAUCCGCGCCGAGAUGAAGAAAAAGAACUUCAGCCAAGAGGAGGUUCUCAGCAAAAUCAGGGAGGACUGCACAAAGAAUCUGAAGAAAGUGGGAGCCCCUAAAGUGUUCCUAGUGUCCUCCUGCGACCUCGGCAAUUACGAUUUCCAACUCCUGAUUGACACUCUUGAGAAAGAGCUCCCAAUGCACAAGAGACUGGCACUGCUUCAGUCCCUUCCUGUUUGUUCAGUGGCCAUGAUUGACAAGAAGACCAAGGCCCUGCAGAGGCUAAUCUGGCUCAUAGCAUUUAGCUCCAGCGCCAUUGCAAUGGCCCCAGUCCCAGGCUUGUCAUUCGCAUGUGAUCUUGGAAUAAUGAUAGCCUUCUUCCGAAGAUGCUUCGAAGCCUUUGGCUUGGAUGACAGGUCACUCAAAAUCCUUUCAGGAAGAGUGGACAAGUCCACUGAAGAGCUCAAGCAGCCCAUGAAAUCACGCUUCAAAGAAGGAGUUGACAGGCCACUUGUGAUGAAGUUCUUCGCCUCUCCCGAAAUGGGAGCGGCGAUAAGUAUUGCGUACAUUCUUAGCACCAUACCCAUUGCCGGCACUCUGGCUGCAGGAGGAGUCUCCUUUGGCACAAUCUUUCAUCUACUCAACAAGGGCCUUAAUGAGAUGGCAGAGGAUGCCAAACUAGUGCUGUUAGGUGCAGGCCUUGAAGCAUCAGAGCAAGAGAAGGAGGACCGAGAUAAAGACACCAAGGAGCAGGAACCGGAGCAGAAGCGGGUAGCAGGAGCAGGAGCAGGAGCAGGAGCAGGAGCAGGAGCAGGAGCAGGAGCAGGAGCAGGAGCAGGAGUAGGAGCAGGAGCAGUGCAUACUUGCAUGUGAAGACAGAUUCAAAGACCUGAG